CCCAGGCACGGAGCCGGGGGGGUGCCACAGGAGGAGCGUGGACGCACCGCGUGCGGGUAGUCGUAGGGAGCGCGGGUAGUCGUAGGGUGGCGGGUGUCUGCGCUCUGCUUCCGCGGGCUGCACACGGGCACAGCACGCGCGGGCUGCUGUAGCCACGAAUAGCCGGUGCUGGGGAGCCGGUGGGCGCGUGCACGCGCGCGCAUUGGCCUCCGUGUAAGUUUUUUUUGCGCGCCGCGUUGCGAGCCAAUUUCACGGCGACCCCUCAUCGCAUGGCAAACGGUGAGAAAUACAAUCGGACGGUCAGACGGGGGCUGUGGAGGGAUAACAUUGCGCGUCAUUCACGCACGCACACACGCACGCCUCGAGUGCAGGCUAUCGUGCGUGCGGUUUAGGUAAGGGACGACAGACGCAUGCGAAUUGGAUGAAUUGACAGAGCCAUCCGUCACACGCGCGCGGUCGAGAGACACGGAGGGAGGGAGAGCGAGAGAAAGCGAUCGACACCUCAGGGGACACGCAGAUCGCUUUUACGGUGACCGCCAGCGGCGAGUCGUGAACUGUGGAGCGUUGACCCCCGAGGCUGGGCGAAAGUUGGCAAAACCGCUGAAGUUUCACCGCGCCGGCCGCGACGAUCUCCGCGAGGCAUGGCCGAGUCGCCAGCGGCGCCGGGAGACGGUGGAGAAGCCAAUGGAUCAUCGUGCGGGGACGGAAUCACCCCCCGCGACCCACAGCAGCAGCCGCCGCCGCCAGCGCCGCACAGGCCCACAGACUUCUUCAUCGAGACCAUCCUCAGCCCCGAGUUCGGGCGACGGCGGAGCGCCGAUGCCGCCGGCGCUCCUGGUGUUGAUGCUGGCAGCGGCGGUGGUGGUGGUAGCGGUAGCAGUAGUGGUACAUUUGCCGGUCAGCGCGAUGCCUUGCGGGGGGUCUUGGCAGCCGGCUCGCUGGAAGCCGUGGGCGCGGAGGGUCGAGUUCCGUCCGUGGGGCUCGGCGAGAGAGACGGAGGCGCGCCGCCCGUGGGCUCUCCGGCCGGGGCCUGUGGAGUGGGCGCCGGGGCCGCUGCGGGCGCGGACGGGCAGCCUCCGAGCGGGGUCAAACCGCUCAUGUGGCCGGCUUGGGUGUACUGCACGCGGUAUUCUGACAGGCCUUCGUCCGGUAAGUGCCCGCGGAUCCGCAAGGCGAAGAAGCGCGCCGAGGGUGGCGGCUGCGAGCCCAAGCGGCCGCGCACCGCCUUCACACCGGAGCAGCUGUCGCGCCUCAAGGCCGAAUUCCAGGCGUCGCGCUACCUGAGCGAGGCGCGGCGCCAGGCGCUGGCGAGGGACCUGCAGCUGAGCGAGGCGCAGGUGAAGAUCUGGUUCCAGAACAAGCGCGCCAAGCUCAAGAAGGCGAACGGCGUGCGCAACGAACUGGCGCUGCAGCUGCUCGCGCAGGGCCUCUACAACCACUCCACCACGUCGCACGCGGGAGAAGGAGACCGUGACGAGAUGAGCGACUGAGCUGGCGAGCGAGCGAGCGAGCGAGCGACAGAGAUGGUCGAGAGAGAGAGAGGAGAUAGAGAGGACGGAGACCUUAAAACAAUCUCGCCACGGGACCCGCCGCGGGAACGCGGAGUGAGCGUGGUUGAGUUGUGAGAGCCAGCCUGGCCACCGAUGAAUGGAGGCGGACGACGGCUGCGCUUGGCAGCAGCAUGACACGACGGACAUUAUGAGAGCCAUUAGGGGGCUGCAA